AUGGCCAUGGAUCCGGCUCAAGCCAAACCUCCUCGUCCGAGAGCUACACUCGGUCUCAAACGGGCCCUCCCUUGUGCACUUGCCAGCUCCAGCUUUGCUUCUCCCUCACGAGUCCUCCUCCAAUCCUCCACCACACCAGUCAAGAGGGCCAGACUGGUACUUCCAACACAGCCGUUUGACCAAGAUGGUGACGCCGAUCCCGUACCAUCGCCUGCCGAUGCUAGCAACGAGACACCACCCUCGCAUGCCUUUCUCCUCGCUCGCAACUCUUCUGACCAAGCUACCACCGCUUCAGUCUCACCCAGUGAACAUAGCCCAGCAGCAGCCGCCGGCCCCUUUUACCUAUGCACAUGGAGGAAACCGCAAGCAAAGAAGCACAAAACAUGGGAUGGAGAUGCGAUACUCGUCCUUAAGGACCGAGGAGAGCGCUGCAGCCUCAUCUGCUCCGAGACUGGCAAAGAGCUUGUAGCCUCGGCCAGGUUCCCAUUCAACCAGCUCUCAUCGGGCGACCAGCUGGCACUUGGUGGCAAAGAGGUCGAGAUUGACAGGCAGAUCGACCAGCGCGAAUACCGCAAGCUCACAGCAUUCACCCGUGGUGAGCUCUCCCCUGUCAAAAAGACACCUCCACCCACAGCAGUACGCACACCGAAACCUUUCGCAGUGCCCAUCAAACCAUCGGCGAUCAGGAGGCCAGUCGACAUCAACCAGUUCGCGCCUGCUCGAGUCGAAACCUUCUACGGCAAACCCGCACGCAGUCCCAUAGCAAAAAGCCUCGACGACCAUCCCACCGACUCUCGCUCUGCCAACCCAUCCAGACCCAGCGGCCUUGUCGAUCCAGGUCAAGGCAAAACACCCCACCCGCGAUUCGACCCCAACGAUCCCGACGCUAUCGUGAUGAAAAGACCCGACGCCGCCCACCAGAAAAAGUACAACACAAAAGGGCAUCCGAUCGUAGAUGUCGUGCUCGACCCGCAGCUCGCCAAAGCAUUGCGACCUCACCAAGUGCAAGGUGUCAAGUUCCUCUACGAGCGCGUCAUGGGUAUGCAUGCCAACUCUGACAAAGGUCGAGGCUGCAUCUUAGCAGACCAGAUGGGUCUUGGUAAGACGCUCCAGACCAUCGCACUCAUUCUCACGCUAGCAAAGCAGAAUUGCUACUACACCUCCAGGUCAGCCACCAUCCAUCGUGCCCUUGUAGUAUGCCCGCUCACCCUUGUCAAGAACUGGAAGCGUGAGUUUCGCAAAUGGAUCGGAAACAACGCUCUCAACGUUCUUUCUAUCGACCAAGACCGGGGCCGUAAAGAUGUCGAGCGCUUCGCUCGUUCAAGCAGCUACAAUGUCAUGGUUAUUGGUUACGAAAAGCUCCGAACCGUGAUCGAGAUCGUCAAGCAUGCAAAUCCGCCCGUCGAUCUCAUCGUCUGCGACGAAGGUCACCGACUUAAGAACAAGGAGGCUCAAAUCACUACCAUCUUUGACGACCUUUCCUUUUGCAACCGCAGAAUCAUCCUCUCUGGUACACCCAUCCAGAACCAUCUCUCCGAACUUCACGCUUUGGUUUCCUUUGUCGACGACGAGGCACUCGGUACCUACGACGAGUUCAGGAGAAUCUUUGAGGAGCCCAUAAUACGCUCUCGCGCCCCGCACUGUUCCAGACAAAUCCAAGCUACCGGUCAAGCUCGUGCUGCUGCACUCAAGCGUCUCACCAACGACGUCAUUCUUCGCCGCACUGCCGACAUCCUCGUCGAUUUCUUGCCACCCAAGAAGGAGAUGGUGCUCUUCUGCAGUCCUAGUCAGGAGCAGCUUCGUAUCUACCAGUCCAUCUUGGCAUCUAACCAUGUACGGUCCAUCUUGCAAGGUGAGCCUGGAAACGGUCUACUGCAAAUUGGUGUUUUGCGAAAGCUGUGCAAUACUCCGGAGCUCUUGCUGAAAGAUUGCGAGUCGAGUGGGCAAACACCGACAAAGGCGCUCCUUGGCCAUCUUGGCUCUUUCUUUCCGCCCAACUUUGUGCGCAAUGAGGCCAGGUACAGCGGUAAGCUGAUCUGUCUCAUGAAUCUCCUCGAGACUGUCCGAGCACAGACGGAGGACAAGGUGGUGCUGGUGUCAAGCUUUACCAGUACGCUUGACACUGUCGAGGCAAUGGUGAGGAAGAAGCGCUAUUCCUACUUACGUCUCGACGGUAAGACGCCGCAAGACGAGAGAAUGGCCAUGGUCAACCAGUUCAAUCGCCAAGCGGUUGACAAAUCUUUUGUCUUUUUGCUUUCCGCCAAGAGCGGUGGUGUUGGUCUGAAUCUCAUCGGUGCCAAUCGACUAGUACUCAUUGAUUCCGAUUGGAACCCGUCCACGGAUCUCCAAGCGAUGGCGCGCAUCCAUCGUGAUGGUCAGAACAAGGUUUGCUACAUCUACCGCUUACUGCUCUCCGGCACGAUGGACGAAAAGAUCUAUCAGAGACAAAUCUCGAAACUCGGUUUAUCCGACUCGCUGAUGGACUCGGAGAAGAAAUCAGCCUCGGACACGUUUUCGCAGCAAGAGUUGAAGGACAUCUUUACGCUUCAUUUGGACUCGGCUUGUAUCAGCCAUCGGCAGCUGGUUUGCGAUUGCGAUGGCAAAGGAGGUAGUGCUUCACCAGCUCGACUCAGCCAGGUGCAUUCGAGCAUGCCGAGCGCCAGUCAGAGCUCCAUCACCAGCAGCGACGAUGAUCAAGAUGAACAGUUGCCAGGCUUCAUUGCAGCUUCGCAGCACGUUCUCGAUCAAGCGGCGAAGGAGAAGCUGCAUAACCGCAACAAGUUGCUCGCGCUGUACAAGUGGGCGCAUUACGACUGCACAAGGCAUCCCGAUGCUUUUUCUGAGGAUGAUAUCCUGGCGCAAUUGAUUCGCAAGAGACAUCCGGAUACCUUUCCCAGUGCUGCGGUCGAGAUGCUGGCUAUCAAAGCGGAGAAGCAAAACGACGACGAAAACGACGACGACGAGGAGGAGGAGGAGGAGGAGGAGGAGUGGAGCAGAAGCAUGAGAGAGCCUAGUGAUGAUCACUCCUUUUCGCAUCGUAGUGACGACGGAGCUCAUCACGCAAAGGCCAAGGUGCUAGAAGCUCUUGAUGGCUUUCAACUGGACAAAGUCGAACCGGGUAGAAUCUUGUUUGUUUUCUCAAAGACAUCAGACAGGACAAGGCACGAAACAGUCACUCCGUUCGAAGCGACGACUGGGCGCGGCAUCGACUAG